UGAACUAACGGAUAAGAAUCUUUUUUUCAUAUCAGUGAUAUUCUCCGGCGACAAGUCCACCGAUGUUGUGUCGAAACGGCGUCAACUGGCGGCAACCCAUUCCGUCGCUUUCUCCCGCCGCUCCUCGUACUUCAUCCUCCAACUCAACCACCUCGAAAUCAAAGCAAUUCUCGGUCAGGUCUUCCGCCUCAUCACCGAAAUGGCGGAAGAGCCGGCAGUCGGUCUCAAUAUCUCUGUUUCUCUCUCACUUCCUCCUUACACCCAACUAUGCUACUGCAGGUAGCUUUUUGGAUAAAUACGUGAAAAAGAAAAAGCUGGAUCCGCUUGAGGUUUAUGUACCUGCUGUUAUAUUGACUCAGUUACAGAUUAAGGACCUAGAGAAAACUUUGGAAGUUGAUGAUAAACCAGAAUAUGCAACCUGCAGAUCCCUACUACGUUCCGGUCCGGCUGCAUCUCUGCGUGUAAAUAUCCGAGCUGUCGCACAGUAUGCUUCUGAUGCUGGGAACGGCGAAAAUGCUUUCAAAGACGUUGAUCAAUGUCUCAGAGCAUUGGAGGAACUAGACUCCUUGAUGCUACAUGCCUCAAGAAAUGAGCCAGAUGCCUCGGUAAAAGCAAUGAAGGCACAUAUUGGUACUGCCCUCAGUGCCCUUGAUAGCCUGCUUCAAACAGUUCCAACCGAUGUUUUAACUCAAGGAAAGGAAAUUGCUGAUGCUUAUCGAGCCACAGACAAUGUGUUCAAGCAGCCUCGGGACUUAGACCCGGAAAUGACACAAUUGGAAUCGAUUCUAUGAUACGAACAGAUUACGUGCAUGAUCUACAUAGAAAAUUUAUGUAUAUGCACUAUAAUUACCUGAAUGUAGACCCUAAUA